CCAGCGCCUCAACAGGAAAAGCAGCAUCGGCGAUCGGCGGUACCACUCUGCAUCAUGCCUACCACAUCACUAUGUCACGCCGAGUUACGAAGAUGAGCUUCGAAACGCUUCAGGUGUAUCGGACAGAAAUGCAGCGUGUCAAAGCCCACAUCAUCGACGAGAUCAGCAUGGUUGGCGCACACAACUUAAACACCACGCAUCUACGGCUCCAGGAUGUUUACAUGAACUACGACCUUGCUUUUGGCGGUGUUAUGCUCUACCUGUGUGGCGACCUUAGGCAGCUGUUCCCUGUUAUGGCCAGGCCUGUGUUCAAACCUCCCGCGAACUCCAUUUCAGGUGCCGUGUUGUGGCAAUCGCUUACGUUUCACGAGCUUAAGCAGGUUAUGCGUCAAGCUGACAAAGAGUUCUCGGACAUACUCACAAAGAUAGGCAAUGGUGAUAAUCUGACAACUGACGAAGCCAAACUGAUCGAAAGUCGAUUCUUCACAAAGGAGCAGCUGCGCCAAGAACAGACCGAAGGAGCUGUACGACUGUUUCAUCGGAACCUCGACGUGACUCGGUACAACAGCGAAGCAUUGGACAGAGUUGAAGGAGUGACCUGUACAGCGGACGACACAUUUGUAGGAUACAAAAGUACAGAGCAACUUGCAAACGCACGUGUCAAGCUCUAUAAAAUGUGCCUCACCGAGACGGCUGGUUUGCAAUACACGAUAAAACUGUGCCUUGGUAUGCCGUAUAUGGUCACCACCAAUGUCGAUGUGGAAGAUGGCAUUGUCAAUGGAGCAAUUGGUGAUUUGAAGUACGUGGAAGAGAGCUUUGACGAAGACGCAGGAGAACGGAUUGCAAGGAUUUGGAUCAAGUUCGAGAAUGGGCAGAUUGGAGUCAUAGCGAGGAAAAAGGCAGAAUCAAUGACCCGUUCUAGAGCCGAUAUCUUGCGACCAGACUGGACUCCAAUUGUGAAAAGGUCCGCGAACAUCGAUCUUGGAAGCCGCAUCAAAUGCAAGAGAAUCCAGUUCCCUGUUGUUCCAGCGUGUGCUCUGACCAUACACAAAUCACAGGGCGGUACAUUCGACAAGAUUGUGUUUGACUACGACAAAGGCCAGGAACAGCAAAUGGUGUACGUAGCAUUGUCGCGUGUUAAGUCGCUGCAGGGCCUUUUUAUGACCAACUCAAAUGGAGACUUCAAGUUCCAUCACGCGAAAGGUUGCAACAGCCCGAAGAUGAAGGAUCUGCGCAACGAACUCAAGCGUUUGGAGAAUCAUCGCUUGCAAACUAUCGUCGACGAAGUUUCUGAGGUAAUAGAGAGCAGCGAACCAACCACCACCCUCAUGUCUAUCAACGUGCAGAGCUUGAGAGCCCAUCAGAUGGAUAUCAACACCGAUCCUGUAAUUGCCCGCGUCCACUUGCUGGCACUGAGCGAGACGUGGCUGGACGACAAUGCAUCGAUAGAGCUAGAUGGAUUCACGUGUAUCGUCCAAUCCAAGCGGAUGGGUGUACGAGCGGGUGGUGUGGCGAUCUACCAGAACACGACAACUCCGAACACUACUCCAGCAACUCCGCACAAGCUUGAAGUGGUAGGCGCAGAACGAAGCCAAGAGUUCAGCGAGGCAGCGAGAUACGGAGAUAUCUGUGCAGCAAAGGCGGUGGUAAUGGGCACUGAAAUACUGCUGGUAUCAGUGUAUAUCUCACCGGGAACCACCACGAAGCAAAAGCUCUGGUUUCUCUCUCGCCAUUUGGGCCCUAUUGCCGAACUAGAUACGCCGAUGGUGGUAACCGGAGAUUUCAACCUUGACGUUUCCAAGCAAGACAGUAGUCGGUUCGUUGAAUUCAUGGCCUACCACUUCAAGUUGAGGUUGUCAAAUGACGUGAAGAAAACAACAACACUUGGAGGUACGGUUCUUGAUUUGACUUUCACGAAAAACAUCGAGGCAGCGGUCACUCGGUACGCAUCUUACUUCUCGUACCAUCGACCUAUGCUGUCUGUCAUUCGACCAACUGCAUUCAGCACAUCUCAAUCAAGCUAAACCGUUGUCCCUCCGUUAUUGACAACACCAUCGAACAUGAGACGCGCAACAGAGUGAUUGUGAAGGAGAGCACGUUGUGACGGUCGGCUACUCUAUAUCGGUCAUUCUAGUUGACGGAAAAACAAAAGAUUGGCGUGAAAGACCUCUCAAGGUAGAUCAGAACUUCAACCACUGAAGAUGUUCCGCAUUCACCCAGAC